UACAAAUUUUUGACAAAAGUAAAAAAUUGUCGAAUUUUGUCAAAAAUAGAAACUAUCGAAUGCAGUUCACAAAAAGUGAUUUGAUAAAACGAAUAUUGAUAAUGGUAGCGAACUUCAAAAUAUUUCUUCGGACCUAAUGGAUAGUUUUACUUUUAGUUUAGGUCUGUUUUUUUCAAGCAUUCAUUUACUUAAUUUAAGUACAUUGGAGAGUUCAACAGAUGAUAGUAGUAGCCAAACGGAGGGCGACACACCUUACGAAGAAGACUCGAAUGAAGAAGAAAUCGAAGUUUCUGAUACUGAAGAUAUGUCCGAAUCAAGUAACUCGGAGAUAAGUGAUUCUGCUUCAAAUUUCUCGUAUGAAUCAGAUUUUCGACCAGAGACUUUACCAGAUACUUUAGAAUCCUCGGAUCCAUCAAACACUGAAUACGAGGAUUCAGAAUCAUAUCCAAGCUCCGUAGAAACUCUUGUAAAUAAUCAAUCAGAACCUGAAUCAGACAUACAUAAUUCUGAAACUGUAGAACCAUCAAUUGAAGAAGAAAAUAACGAUGCUCAACAAGAAGAAGUUAUGGAGGAUGGUGCUCCAAAUUCACCUCAACCGGAAGGUGAAGAAAAUGUUUCAUUUCGAUUAAAACGUAAAAGAAUAAUAGGAUCGGAAUCACCAGAAAGUAAACGAGUGAAAUCUGAUAGUGAUAGAGAUGAAGAUGAAGGUCGAACUUGCCCAAUAUGUUUUGAUUAUUGGACAAAUUCUGGAAAGCAUCGUCUUUGUGCGCUAAAAUGUGGUCAUCUUUUUGGGAAAAAUUGUGUUGUACGCUGGUUACAAAGUCAAAAUCGUAAAUCUUGUCCUACUUGUAAAACAAAAGCUACAAUGAAUGAUAUUCGUCAUAUUUUUGCUAAGACAAUUAUAGCAACGGAUACCGUUUCAAUAGAUAAUUUAAAAACGGAAUUAGAAUCUGUGAAAAGUGAACGGAAUCGAUUAAAUCAAGAUGUAUCCCGUUUAAAUACCAUUAAUAGAAAUCAACAAAUAACAAUUCAACAACAAGCAACAAGAAUCUACGAUUUAGAAAAUAAAUGUACUAAUAUUGAUAAAAAAGAUGAACAAAAUGAUAAACUUGUAAGAAUUACAUUUGAUAAAGCGAUUGAGCUAUCAAAAGAUAAUGCUUGUCGUGUAAUGGCACAUAAUUAUGAUAAUUUACUUGUUGUUACGUUAAAAUCUCCAAAUCCAUUAUUCUCCGGUUUUGGUAUACGCAAAGUAGAGACUAGCGAUUAUAGUAUCAAACAAUUUGUACCUUUACAUUCGAAAUUAAUACGAGAUCUAGCAUUUCAUCCACAAACUGGCGAAUGGCUUUUAAGUGUUUCGUUAGAUAAAUCUGCAAAAUUAACGAAUGUUGCAACAAAUGUUAUUAUAAAUACAUUUCAAACUGAUAUGCCCUUGUGGUCAUGUUGUUGGGAUGCAAACGAUCCAAAUUUGUUUUAUGUUGGUGGUCAAAAAGUAUUACAAUUUGAUGUACGAAAUCCAUCGGAACCAUCAAAAACAUUUGUAACUCCAAACGAUCCAACUUCAGUGAUAGCUUUAGCUAGUGUUUGUUCUGGAACGGGUGAAUUCUUACCUCGAGGUGGAUUAAUUUGUUGUAAAUUAAAUUCUUGUUGGGUGUUUGAACAUUUAGAAACAGAAAGUGUACCGAAGAAAAUUAAUUUAGAAGGACCGUUUGUUUCAUUAAAUUAUAAUACAACUUAUAGGCAAAUUUUAAUUUCAACACGACCAAAUCCUCGAUGGGUUUUUUGUCGUCAUAUUUUAUGUGAUUUAGUAAACGGUGACGAGAAUUGUUUUAAUGUAAAAACUAUUCAUUAUUUUCAAGGUGGUACUACGCAAACUCAACUUUCGCGUAAUUGUCAAAUUGAGUUAGCGAACGAUGUUUUAGUUUUGUGUUAUCAAGAAACUAAGAAACAAAUAAAUGUUUGGAGUGUUGGGUCUGGGAAUUUAAUUCAAACAUUACCAGCACCUGAUCCAAUUAUAGAUAUGUGUUAUGUUAAAAUUCGUAAUCAAUUAAUUGCUUUAACUGAAAAGAGGAUUAGAAUUUUUAAUAUUAAAUAAUUAUUUUUUUGUAGUACGUCUACCUAUUUUAUUUUAUUGUUACUGUAACUUCUAAACAAAUAACUGUUCUUAUUAUAAUCAAGAAAUUUUGAAUAAAAUAAUUAUUUUUUUUAA